AUGGAUGUUCCAAUCAUGGUUGGAGAUUGCUACAUCCCUGCUGAUUUUGUAGUUCUUGAGCUGGAACACCAACCUAAAGACCCUCUUAUCUUGGGAAGGCCAUUCCUAGCUACUGCAGGAGCUAUAAUAGAUGUCAAGAAUGGAAAGAUUGACUUGCAUCUUGGAGAUAUAGUGAUGAAUUUCGAAGUAAACAAGUCUAUGGAGAAGCCAACUGUAGAUGGUCAAGCUUUUUGGAUUGGAGAGCUCGCAGAGACAAGAGAAGAAGUGCUGGAUGAACUCCUUCUUAUUGAUCCCUUGGAGCUAGCUUUGACAAAGGCUGAGAAUGAAGCUAUAGCUUAUAUGGACUUAGAGAGAGAAGAGGAAGAGCCAGACAUUGACAAGAGUCAGGAAAUAUCACAAACCAAAGUUAAGUUCGACCCAUGGUGCCCACUUAGAGCUCCAAAAGCCGAGCUCAAACAACUCCCAGUUGGUCUAAGGUAUGAAUAUCUUGGUCCUAAUGAAACAUAUCCUGUUAUUGUUAAUGCUGCACUAACAAAAGAAGAGACCGCUUUACUUGUUCGCGAACUGAGAAAGCAUAGAAAGGCUCUUGGUUACUCUUUGGAUGAUUUAACAGGAAUCUCACCUGAACUAUGCACACAUCGCAUCAUCCUGGAGGAUGAGUCUAGUUCUUCAAUUGAACACCAAAGGAGGCUAAACCCAAACCUAAAGGAAGUUGUCAAGAAGGAGAUAAUGAAGCUAUUGAAAGCUGGAGUGAUUUAUCCAAUAUCAGAUAGUGCAUGGGUCAGCCCUGUACAUGUCGUGCCAAAGAAAGGAGGGAUCACAGUCAUCAAGAAUGAACAUGAUGAGCUCAUUCCAACAAGGACAAUCACUGGACACAGAAUGUGUGUCGACUACAGGAAGCUGAACUCCUCCACGCGCAAGGACCACUACCCCUUGCCAUUCAUAGAUCAGAUGCUUGAGCGCCUUGCCAAUCAUCAAUACUACUGUUUCUUGGAUGGAUACUCAGGAUUUUUCCAAAUUCCAAUCCACCCAGAUGAUCAGGAGAAGACUACAUUCACUUGUCCCUAUGGCACAUAUGCUUAUAGGAGAAUGCCUUUUGGAUUGUGCAAUGCUCCAGCUACAUUCCAAAGGUGUAUGAUGUCCAUAUUCACAGAUCUAAUAGAAGAGAUUAUGGAGGUUUUCAUGGAUGAUUUCUCAGUAUAUGGUUCUUCCUUUGAAUCAUGUUUGGGGAAUCUUGGAAGAGUGCUACAGAGAUGUGAAGACAAGCACCUAGUUCUAAAUUGGGAGAAGUGCCACUUUAUGGUUAGAGAUGGAAUAGUGCUUGGACAUAGAAUCUCAGAGAGAGGCAUAGAAGUUGAUAAGGCCAAGAUUGAAGUAAUGACAAACCUUCAGCCGCCCAAGACAGUUAAAGAUAUCAGAAGCUUCCUAGGACAUGCUGGAUUCUACAGGAGGUUCAUUAAAGAUUUCUCACAGAUAGCAAGGCCGCUAACACGCCUAUUAUGCAAGGAUAUUAACUUUGAGUUCACAGAGGAGUGUCACAAGGCUUUCACUAAGAUCAAAGAUGCAUUGGUCAGUGCGCCAGUGGUUCAACCUCCAAACUGGGAACUACCUUUUGAGAUAAUGUGUGAUGCAAGUGAUUAUGCAGUAGGAGCAGUGCUUGGACAAAGAAAGACAAGAAGCUACAUGUGA